CGGGGCGGGGACUCUGCGCGGGGGCCUCGCCGCGGCACGGGGCCCCCGCAGCGCCGCCCGCCCGCCGGUCCGCCCGAGCGCCAGGCUCGCGGGAGCCCGGCUUCCACUUCCUCUCGCCUCCGCCUGCCUCCCCGGCUCGCCGGCUGGCGUCGCCACCGCCUCCUCCUCGUCCCCGGCCACCGCUGUCGCCGCUGCUGCAAUCCAGGACGCGCACUCUUCCACUUUCCCGCUGGAGGCGCGGAGGAUGCCCCUGGCACCACCAGCCCCGGAGAAAUAGCCCCGGCCCGGCUGGAGGAGCCUCGGUGGCGAGAAAAGAAAUCCAGACUCCUCUUUCCUUGAUGCCACUGCAGCAGCUGGCAGCUGGGAAGGCGCCCACGGAGCGGGCGCGCCAAGCGGGACGCGGGAGUCGCAGGGAGAGACCCCAGGCGCCUGCUGGGCUCCGCGGGCAGAGUUCGCAAGCGGCUGAGACACUCCCCCAUCCCCUCAGGGGGCAGCCCUGAGCCCUGAUGCUUGAGCGGAUGGGGGCCCAUCAGCGUCUGCUUCUACGAGGUGGACACGCUGGGGAAGAGGCCAGAAAUGGCCCUCAGUGAAGUUAGCCAGCCCCGACAGCCCUGAGGAGCCGAGAGAGAAGUGAGCUGCAGCCGCUGGUGACCCAGGGGUCCUCCUCUGAUUGCUGUUUUCAAAGUUGUUUGGGAACUCUAGGAGGCGAAGACAAAGAUGUAGGAAAAUGGGACCAACUCUGGGGUGCCCCGAGCUUCAGAACCCCUUUUGCGGCCCAAAGGAGCCCACCGUGACCCCGGGAGGGCUGAUGAGCUCUGUCCUCCAAUCUCUUGGCCUCAGCCAACCCGCAACCGAGCCCCAGCGAGCCAGUCCGGAAUGAUCCCGCGAUGGCCAAGCUCUGGUUCAAAUUCCAGCGGCACUUCCGCCGGAAACCUGUACGUUUCUUUACCUUCCUGGUGCUCUACCUGACAGCCGGGAGCCUCGUCUUCCUUCACUCUGGCUUCGUGGGCCAGCCCGCCGUCUCCCAGAACCAGGCCAACCCUGCCGCUGGGGUCCCGGCUGAGGGCGCCGAGCUGCCCUUCCUGGGUGACUUGCAUCUGGGCAGAGGCUUCCGGGAUGCAGGCGAAGCCUCGAGCAUCGCCCGCAGGUACGGACCCUGGUUCAAGGGCAAGGACGGGAAUGAGAGAGCCAAGCUGGGCGACUACGGUGGAGCCUGGAGCCGAGCCCUCAAGGGGAGGGUCGUCCGGGAGAAGGAGGAGGAGCGAGCCAAGUACAUCGGCUGCUACCUGGAUGACACCCAGAGCCGGGCCCUGCGAGGCGUGUCCUUUUUCGACUACAAGAAGAUGACCAUCUUCCGUUGCCAGGACAACUGUGCAGAACGGGGUUACCUGUAUGCCGGGCUGGAGUUCGGCGCCGAGUGCUACUGCGGCCACAAGAUCCAGGCGACAAACGUGAGCGAGGCUGAGUGCGACAUGGAGUGCAAGGGCGAGCGGGGCAGCGUGUGCGGUGGCGCCAACCGCCUGUCCGUCUACCGGCUGCAGCUGGCCCAGGAGUCGGCCCGCAGGUAUGGAAGUGCCGUCUUCCGAGGCUGCUUCCGCAGACCCAACAACCUCUCCCUGGCCUUGCCUGUGACGGCCGCCAUGCCGAACAUGUCCGUGGACAAGUGCGUGGACCUCUGCACAGAGAAGGAGUACCCGCUGGCGGCCCUUGCGGGCACUGCCUGCCACUGUGGGUUCCCCACCACGCGAUUUCCCCUCCACGAGAGAGAGGAUGAGCAGCUCUGUGCCCAGAAGUGCAGCGCAGAGGAGUUCGAGAGCUGUGGGACCCCCAGUUACUUCAUCGUGUACCAGACGCAGGUCCAAGACAACCGCUGCAUGGACAGAAGGUUCCUCCCAGCCAAGUCCGAGCAGCUCAUCGCACUGGCCAGCUUCCCGGGCGCUGGCAACACGUGGGCUCGCCACCUCAUCGAGCUGGCCACCGGCUUCUACACUGGCAGCUACUACUUCGACGGUUCUCUCUACAACAAAGGGUUCAAAGGUGAGCGGGACCACUGGCGCAGCGGGAGGACCAUCUGCAUCAAGACGCACGAGAGUGGCCAGAAGGAGAUCGAGGCCUUCGAUGCCGCCAUCCUGCUCAUCCGCAACCCCUACAAGGCCCUCAUGGCGGAGUUCAACCGCAAGUACGGCGGCCACAUCGGCUUCGCCGCCCACGCGCACUGGAAAGGCAAAGAGUGGCCGGAGUUCGUGCGGAACUACGCCCCGUGGUGGGCCACCCACACGCUGGACUGGCUCCAGUUUGGCAAGAAGGUUCUGGUGGUGCACUUCGAGGACCUGAAGGAGGACCUCUUCGUCCAGCUGGGCCGCAUGGUGGGCCUGCUGGGUGUGGCGGUCAGAGAGGACCGGCUGCUCUGCGUGGAGAGCCAGAAGGACGGCAACUUCAAGCGCUCGGGGCUCCGGAAGCUCGAGUACGACCCCUACACGGCGGACAUGCAGAAGACCAUCUCCGCCUACAUCAAAGUGGUGGACGCGGCGCUCAAAGGGAGGAACCUCACCGGCGUCCCAGAUGACUACUACCCCAGAUGAUGCGUCCGAGGGCGCGAGGGGGCCGGGAGUCCUGGCCAAGCCGGCCCCGGGGGACUCGAGACCCCUGGGGACCCCCAUCUGUCUGUCCUCUCUUUGGUUUGGGGACAAUCCCUUGGCUGCUGUUGGCCUUCAGUGAGUUUUCUGCAUGACAAAGGAGGCUCGGGGGAGAGAUUGUCCGGGCACUCCCCACCUGGGCGCACCCCCUCUUGGCAAUGGGGCACAGCUGGUUUGGGGAGUUCCAGCCACGUGGACCGUUUUCUGUCUCCUGUGUCCCUGCCUCCACCACUCCGGGUUCCACCUGUGGGAGGGAGGGCUGGUGGGUGUCCAGGAGACGUGGGUGCCCCACCGCAGGUCUUGAGGACCUUAAUGUGAGAGCUAAAGGGACUAUUGUAAGAAAAGUGGCCCCAGACUCUCCUCCCUUCUGGGCUGAGCUUUCAAAGCAUCCUCAUCUCUUCUCCAGCUGGCAGAAUGGGCACCAAGGUUUAUCCAGGCCACUGCUGUUUGACAAAAAAAUUCCUGGGAAGUUAGUCUGUGGCCUUAGGCUUCCGACAUUCGGGGUGGGGUGGGGAGACAAUGGUGCUCGCAGCAGAUUCACUGGUACCACCGUGUGGAGUCACUGGCGUCAUGAGCCCACCCCCGGGGUCACACUGCUCCUGAGAAACGAUCCGGCUGCUUGUCCACCCCUGUGUGGUGACCUUGGGAUCCCUGAUCCAAAUUCCAGGCUUCCUCAGGCAUCCACCGUUAUCCCACCAGGAUGGCCAUGUGCCAUGUGCGGAAUCUGAGUAAGGAGGAGAGCCCCAGUGACACAUCUCUCCACUGUGGGGUCCAACACGUUGAUCUUACACUGCCCUCGGACCCUGACCAGUGGGUCCUUUGCUAUCCAGAUGAGGGAGCAAGAGUAAUCCAAAUCAGCUGACACCACAACCAAAAGAGACCCCGAUACCUUCCCAGAUUAUCAACCUCCCCUGAUCAUAGUCCAAGGGGGCAGCUUCCUUUGGGGGCCCUUUAAGGAAUGAGAUGAAUGGAAUGGCUCUUCCUCUCCAUCCAAAUGCUGCUCCCUUGAUGCUGAGACACCAAACCAAAGGAUUUCCGAGGACCUGGGUCACUGAUAUCUCUCUUGGAAAUCAUUGACCCAGGAUCCAUCUCUUCCCCCACCUUGAAUACUGGUGGCUUCACAUCUGGCCCACACCUGCACACCUGCCCCAUUCCCCACCACGUAGAUGCAAAAGCCAUAGGUCACAGCUCUUUGCUGUUCUGCCUGGAGCAGCCCCCCUCAGCAGCCCCUCUUAAGCCUUGGGGUGCAGGUAAAUGCUCAUUCCCAAAUAGCCAAGAGACUAUGGAGAAGGCGAGUAUAAAGAGAUAUAUUUUUCUAAGAGGAAUAUGACUAAUGCAUUCCACCCCUUGGAACCCGGCCAUGCAAAGAGAACGGCCUGGGGAUCGGACCUGUGUUUCUCCUCCCUGAUCCCCUCAUAUGUAGGAUCUGGGCCACCCCGGGGCCCAGCCAGGGGGCUCUGAAUGUAUUUUGUACCAUGUUUCUUUCCCCCAGGCUAAUUUCUAGUCUUCUUUCGUGAAGCCCUAGGGGGCUGGGCCUCCCGUCCCACUCAGAGAUCCACUCUCUUUGGGAGACUCUUGAUCCAAGACCUGGGCCGGCUCCUUGCUGGUGGUCACCUCGGGCCGCAGGCCUCUGUCUGAAGAUUCCUCAGGUCAACCCAUCAUUAAAAGCGAGAUUUGUUGAUAAUUCUCCCA